UUAUCUAGAAACAGAAAGUAAACAUUUCCUGUAAGAAGAGAGAAUGGCGCAGCAAGUUUAUCUCAAAGAGAAGCUGAUCUGUUCGAUCUGUUUGGAUCUGCAGAAGGAUCCGGUCACUAUUCCUUGUGGACACAGUUACUGUCUGGAAUGUAUUCAGAACUUCUGGGGAGAGGAACAAAAAGCUCUCAGCUGUCCUCAGUGCAGACAAAGCUUCACUUCAAGGCCUGUCCUGGUAAGAAACACUAUUUUAGCAGAGUUGGUGGAGGACGCAAGAAAAGCAGAGCUUCAACCGUCUUCAUCUGAGCGUUCUCCAACUGGACCAGAACAUGUCGACUGUGAUUUCUGUGAAGGAAAGAAGCUGAAAGCUGCCAUGUCUUGUCUGACCUGUUUGGCUUCUUACUGUGAGCAGCACCUCCAGCCCCAUUUUAGGGUUGCUGUGUUAAAGAAGCACAAGCUGGUCAAAGCCACUCUAAAGCUUCAGGAGAACAUCUGUCCUCGUCAUGAUAAAGUGAUUGAGAUCUUCUGCCGCACUGAUCAGAAGUGUAUUUGUAUUCUCUGCUCCAUGGAUGAACACAAAGGUCAUGACAUGGUGUCUGCUGCAGCAGAAAGGGCUGAAAGACAGACAAAGCUGGGACUGGAUCGACAAAAAGUCCAAGAGAGAAUCCUCAAGUUAGAAGAAGAUUUAGAAGAGCUUCAGCAGACGGUGGAGACCAUCAAUCUGUCUGCUGAGAAAAGCAUCAAAGAAAGUCAGAACGUCUUCAAAGGUUUGAUCCGUCUCUUGGAGCAAAAAUGCUCAGAAGUGGAGCAGAAGGUCAAAUCCUAUCAGAUGGAGGAAGUGGGGAAAGUGGAAGAACUCCAGGAGAAGAUGCAGCAGGAGAUCACCAAACUGAGGAAAACAGAGGCUGAGCUGGACCAGCUCUCAUCUACAGAAGAUCAUCUCCAUUUUCUCAACAACUACUCCUCCCUGUCAGAUCUGAGUGUCUGUACAGACUUAGCCAGCUUUCAACAAGCUCAGCACUGCUUUGAUGAUGCUCUCAAAGCUGUGUCUGAGGCCACAGAGAAGCUGGAGGAGACUCUCAGAGAUCAGACCACAAAGAUUUCACACACACUGGAUGUUAUUCUGUUUGAAGACUUCAGAUCCAGAGAGGACUUCAUGAAGUACUAUCAUCAGAUCACACUGGAUCCAAACACAGCAAACACACAUCUAUCUCUGAGUGAACAGAACAGAACAGCAACAAGCACCAGUGUAGAGCAGAAAUAUUCAAAUCAUCCAGACAGGUUUGUUCAAUGGUAUCAGGUUCUGAGUGCAGAAGGUCUGACUGGACGUAGUUACUGGGAGGUGGAGUGGAGCGGGGGGGGUUUUAUGGCAGUUGCAUACAAAGAUAUCAGUCGUACAGGAACCGUUGAUGAAUGUUUGUUUGGAUUUAAUGAUAAAUCCUGGGCAUUGAGGUGUUUACCCACUGGAUAUACAUUUUACCACAACAAGAUCAGUGUUUCUAUUUCAGAUCCUCAAUCCUCCAGAGUUGGAGUUUAUUUAAAUCACAGAGCAGGAACUUUGUCUUUCUACAGCGUUUCUGACUCCAUGACUCUCAUACACAAAGUCCAGACCACAUUCACUCAGCCUCUGUAUGCUGGAUUACAUGUUUGGCCUGGAGGAAUGAUCAGGUUGUUGGAUUGAAGUAAAAAUCAGUCACUGAUCUGUGAGUCUCGAUGAUGAAAUAUAUCAGCAGUGUAGAAAACCAAAAAUCAGGAAAAUACUGUUUAUGUAACAUCUAAUAAUGUGUUAAAACUGUUUUUUGUUUAUAAAUCAAAAUAACACACCAAACACAGGAUUCAUUGUGUAAUUAAAAUGCAAAACAAUAUAAAAAUGUGGUUUUGUAAUAAAUCAAGACAAAAACAAAACAUAAAAAAAUUCUAUCAAAAAUCAAAUAAGAAUAAAACAUUUCUUAACAACACACCUGAACACGAGUACAUGAGCUUCAAGAAGACGUCCUCAAAGCUUCAUGAAAUCUUCAACUAAACAUAGUUUUCUGAUUAUCUUUGUUUCAAAAACAAUUUUAAAGUUGUUAGUUUUGCUGCUUAGUUGUAAUGUCAUAAAGUAUUUUUUUGCUGUAAAUAACAUGUAUUGAAUAUAAAAUGUUUUGAUUUAUGAAUAUUGUAAUCUCCAUCUCUCUUGUGUUUUAGUUUUUCCAGUUAAUAACAGUGAGUCAAAAAUCAAAAGUGAGUAACUGUUAGAUCAGGGAUGAGAUGCAGAUGAAUAUUUACUGAUUUUAUGAUCAAAUUAUGUUUAAUCUUUUGUCUCACAUUAAAAAUAUAUACAUUUGUAUUAAAAGUUAAGCAUUAAUCUGUUUAAGGUGUUAAAAUCUGCAUGGAUGUCUGUUUAUAAAACUCAUUUUAAGAAGACUUUUUUGGUGGGUUCAAAAUUCUUAUAUUAAAAUAAAUAUCAAGGGAAAAACAGAUUGUUGAUUAUGAUAUGAUUGUUUUCUAGGAAACUAAAAACUAUAAAAGAAAAUGCAAAGUCUCUUUGACUCUUCAUCAUUCAGACUAUAUUAUUGAUUUCCAGUAACAUUAUAUUUGUCAUGAUUUUAAUCUUUUGUUUCCACACUGCAACAUUUAAUGUGCAAUAGUUGAGUCUGAAGGUAAAAUAAAACUCAAUAAGCUCACAUAAUGUCUGAAUCAGGAAACUGACUCUGAAAACGUCUCAUCAGAGCAAAUGACCUGUUAGUUUCUCAUGUACACAGAAACCAGUAAUACUGAUACUUUAGGGGCUCCAUAGAUA